AUAGAUACAGUGCAAGUGUGUAAAUAUAGAGAAUGGCAACCGAGUUCCCACAACGUGAAUCACCCCCAAAAAUCCGCACCUCCAAAAUCCAAAUAUAGUCUCACUUUUCAUUCUUUCACACUCUCGAUCGAUCAAGCGCCUUCCUCUCGUUUUCAAUAUUUGAUUGAAUCAACAUGUGCCUCCUUUUAGGCUGUUGAUGGCAUGUGGAUCUCACGUGGAAAUUGAGGAUUCACCAUGCGAUUUCGGAGGUAUGCUACUGCCGCGAUUCAUUUAGAUCUGACUGCCAAUUUUGUUCAGCAUUUCAGUUUCUUCGAUAGGUCGGACAAAUUUUGGGGAUUUUUGUCUUGAUUUAUUCAAAAAGUUGUUUCGAGAACUGUCGAAAUGGAAGUCUCGAGCGGGUUGGGCCCGCGGCCUGGCUCGAGCGCAUUGAAACACGAGGAGAACCAAGGGAUAAAUAUUGAAAAUCUCGAAUUGGAGAGGCCUGUGAAUGAUUCUCGUUCCAAUCACCAAUUUCAUUCCAUGGGUGCGUUGGACAUUUUGAGAGAAACUGUUUGGAUUCUUCGAUUCAAUUCGGGCGGAUUCAUGUUAAUCGUGGCAAUGUUAAUCUGCCCUGUUUCGGCCGUGCUCUUGUCGAACGUGUUGGUCGAUCAAUCCGUCGUGAAGCGGCUGAGCUUUCGUCUCUUGCUAGUUGCGAAAUCUAGUGGACUCCCUCUCAAGCCUUUCGUCAAACAGUCAUGCCACAGAAUGGCGGAGAUGGUGAUCUCAGCAGCAAUGUGUUUUCCCCUGUUUGUCACGCUGCUGCUUCUGUCAAAGGCAGCCGUGGUUCACACAGUUGAUUGCACAUACUCGAGGAAGAAGUUUAAUGCUUCGAAGUUCUAUGUGUUCAUCUGCAAGAUUUGGAAGCGAAUUGUCACCACAUAUUUGUGGGGGUGUUUAGUAAUGUCCGGUUGCCUCACAUUCUUCAUAGUCCUCCUCGUUGUAGUGAGCUGCGUGUUCUUGAUCAUGGGGUUCCCAUCUGACUUGAUUCUUUACCCUGCUAUGGUAGUAGGGUUAAUUUUCUCAAUCAUUUUUGCCAAUGCUAUCAUCAUCUGCAACACUGCUAUUGUGAUAUCUGUUCUUGAGGAUGUUGCAGGGCCUCAGGCAGUGCUCCGUUCUAGUUCGUUGAUAAAAGGGCAGACGCAAGUUGGUCUGUUGAUAUUCCUUGGGUCGACUAUAGGUAUGGCUUUUGUGGAGGGUCUGUUUGAGCAUAGGGUGAAGACACUCAGCUACGGAAAUGGCUCUUCUAGGUUAUGGGAAGGGCCUCUUUUGGUGGUGAUGUAUUCGUUUGUGGUGAUGAUCGACUCGAUGAUGAGCACAGUUUUCUACUUCAGCUGUAAAUCAUAUCGUUUGGAAUCAGCAAGUGAAGAAAAUGAACCGGUUUUGGAAGCUCAGGUUAACGGUGAGGUUCAAUAACAUCCAUUUUGAUCUCGUGUUAUGGUAGAGAAAAGAAAGCUUGAGUUUUUACUCUAGUGAGAGAAUGAAAAUUUGGUGAUGAAGCUUCUUCUUCAAAUGGAAUAUUUUGUGUAAACGGAGAUGGCUUAAAGUAAGUCGACAUAGCUUUGAAGAGAUACUUUAAUUCAUCGAAAUGGUAAGUGGAGAAGGAAGGCAUCAUUAUAAGCGCAUACCUUUUGCCAAAGGUUUGUCAAGGCUACAGUUUACAUACUUUGUAAUAGAUUUCUGCCCUUUACAGAUAAUACAGUUCAGAUGAAAUUGUUCUUCGAUUCUAUGGUCAUCUAGUUGGUCUUUAUUUAAAGAGGAGAGGGGUAAAAUUAAAGCAAAUGAAGAUAAUCUGGUAGUAUUGGGUGAUAAUUCAGUACGGAUUUACAAUUGUUGUCUCGAUAUGUGUCUGGAAAGUUUUGUAAUGAUUAUGCAUGUUUGAAAUAUAUCAAUGAUGAAGCAUAAUGAGUUUGAACUUUUCAAA